AUGCCAUUCAAAGCAGCUUCCGUUCUUUUGGUGGUAGCAGUAGCUCUGGUGUCGUUCAGCGCAACCAAGCGGUACUUCAUCUACAACGACAAACUGCUUACCUUCUUCGAGGCCUGGCACCAGUGUCGAUCGUACGGACUCCAGCUGGCCACGGUCAAGAGUGCCGAGGAUGAUGCGAACCUGAAGUUGGCGUUUGCAGCGAACAACAAUCAGAAAGCGUCUUACUGGAUUGCCGGAACGGCUAUUGGGAAACCCGGAAGCUUUGUGUGGAUCACCGAUGACACGCCGAUCAGCUAUACAAACUUUCUGCCGAAUGAACCGAACAACCAAGGAGGACUUGAAUACUGCUUGGAGAUAUCAAGUUCGUCGCACAUUUGGAUGACUAUAAAAGACUCAGCUGUUCACAUUUCGUUCAGAAUCCUCAAAAUGCCGUUCAAAGCAGCUUCCUUUCUGUUGGUGGUAGCAGUAGCUCUGGUGUUGUUCAGCGCAGAGAGCAAAGCUGCUUGUGGAGAUCCGGUUCUCAACAAAUCAACCCCUAAGAUCAAGCGGUACUUCAUCUACAACGACAAACUGGUUACCUUCUUAGAGGCCUGGCACCAGUGCCGAUCGCACGGACUCCAGCUGGCCACGGUCAAGAGUGCCGAGGAUGAUGCAAAGCUGAAGUUAGCGUUUGCUGCGAACAACUUCAACCAGAAAGCAACCUAUUGGAUCGCCGGAACGGAUCUCGGAAAAAAUGGAAGCUAUGUGUGGAUCACUGAUGACACGCCGAUCAGCUAUACAAACUAUCUUCCUGGUCAACCGGACAACUACGGAGAAGUUGAGCACUGCUUGUUAGUGGGAUGGGGUGGGUUAAGAUCUACCCAAUGGAACGAUGGAAAUUGUGAAGUCCCGUUAAGAUACGUUUGUGAGCUAGAAACUUGUGAUUGUUGAAAAGUUAGUACGAUCAUGUGCUUUUAUACAAAAAAUUGUGGUGUGAAGGAAUCAGUUCGGUUGCAAUACA